AAUGUUUGUCAAAUAUAAACGAAAGUGUUAUCAUUUCCUAAUUUUUUUUGUCAACUAAAGCAAGGCCUCAACUUACAGACACCAACACAACACAGAGCAGGAGAGGACCAACCGAGCCGACCCGUGCCCCACAUCCCCGGCGGCGCGCGCACGUAUCGGGGGGCAUCGCAUUCGCACCGACGUCCACGGCCCCAAGCGCCAAAGCGCCGUCGCGCCAUCCCCGUCCCCUUCCCACCCGCUCUGCCGUUGCGCUGUUCCCAUCCCGCCGACCCGCUGCGCCACCGCCACGCUCCCCAAUCUCCAUCCCUAACCCCACCCCCACCCCCACCCACCAACCCACCAGGCGACGCGGCCGCGGCGCCUCUCUAAUCUCCCUCGCUUCCGCUCCACGCCGCACCCCCGGCCGCCUGCCUUCCUGCCUGCCUAACCUUCGCGUGCCGCCCGCGAUCCCCACCCCCGCGCCCCAGAUCUGGUAGCGCCUUCGCCGCUCGAGCGCGCGCGCUCACGGGUCAAGUCUCGAGUGCAGGCGGCCGCUCGCUCGGCCCGCGCCGGCCGAUGGUUUCGGCCGCGGCGCAGGCGGGCGUGGUCGCGGCGUGCGUCGUGCUCUUCGUCCCCAUGGGGCUGGCCGGCUGGCACCUCAGCCGCAACAAGGUGCUCUUCUUCUCCGGCGCGCUCUUCAUCUCGCUUGCCGUCGGGGUCCACCUAUCCCCGUACCUCCCCUCCCUGCCCCACCUCGCCUCCUCCUUCCUCCUCCCCCACCCCGGCGCCUCCUCCUCCUCCUCCUCCGGGUCUUCCUGCGUCCCGUUCCUGCACCGCGUGUCGUGGUCUGACGCCGUCGGUGCCACAGACGACGGCUCGGGAGGCGGAAAAGCGCGGGCGUGGUCGUGGCCGCCCUCGCUGGCGUCCGCCUGCGCGUUCGCGCGGCUGUCGCGCGACGACGCGUCGCUGCUGCUGAACGGCUCGUGGGUGAUGGUGGCCGGGGACUCGCAGGCGCGGCUGCUUGUGCUCGCGCUUCUCCGCCUCCUGCUCGACCCGGCCGCGGCGGCGGCCGCCGAGCCGGAGCUCUUCCGCCGCCACAGCGACUACCGCGCUGCCGUCCCCGCGCGGGGCAUUUCCGUCGACUUCGUCUGGGCGCCCUUCGAGAGCAACCUCACGCGUCUGCUCCGCGAGGAUCUGCGCCUCGCGCCGCGCCUACCCGACGUGCUCGUCCUCGGAUCCGGGCUGUGGCACAUGCUCCACGUCACGGACGCCGCGAGCUACGGCGACGCACUGGCGUCCGUCGCGGGCGCCGCCAAGUCGCUCCGCUCGCAGAUUCCCGUGCCGCCGCCGCAUAUGUUCUGGCUCGGCUUGCCGCACCUCGUGAACCACAUGCUCAACACAGACGCCAAGAGGGCACACAUGAAUGGCACCAUGCUGCGUGCCUAUGAUCGUGAGGUCGAUCGGAGAGGUGUUUUGCGAGGUGAUGGUGGCCCGUUCCUGCUGCUUGAUGUGGGGAAGCUCAGCCAGGGGUGCGGGCAGCAAUGCACGGCUGAUGGUAUGCAUUAUGAUGGUGAUGUGUAUGAUGCUGUCAUGCAUAUCAUGCUCAAUGCACUGGUGAUUGAGUCCCAACAAAGGAUUUGAGUGGGUGGGGGUUCUUGAACAGGUUUGUCCCCACCCCCUGUUCUUUUUGGUCAGUUACAAUACACGGAUAACUAGAAAUUGUUGUGAGCUAGGAAGGUUCUUUGAUUGCUUCAACAUUUUGGUCGCUUGCCAGAAGUCACCACCCUUGAAUUGCUGAACCUUUAGAUUGUAAAAUAGGGAUAUCUUAGAACCACACUGUUUUUUGCCGAAUGGCAAACCAAACUGGCUGUACUAUAUACUUUUUCUUGGGGAAUAACUAAGAUGGUGAUUCUGACACAAAGAUUGUGAAAUACUACGAAAUAGUCAAUUUUCAUUUUGCCAACAUAA